CUUUACGCCACUCUCUCCUCUGUACAGUAAAUAUGAAGCUACAGCAGCAGCUGCAUAGCUUAGCAUAGGAGACUCAAAAACAAGGGGAAACAGCUAUCUUAGCUUAGCAUAAAGACUGGAAACAUGAAUAAAGCUAGCUUAGCUUAGCAUAAAGACUGGCAAUGGGGACAACAGCUAGCUAAGGUUUUCACAAAGACUGGAAACAGCAAGCUAAGCUUAGAAUGAAGACUUGAAACAUAGAAACAGCAAGUUUAGGUUAGCAUAAAGAAUGGGAGCAGGUGGAAACAGCUAUCUUAGCUUAGCAUAAAGACUGGAAACAUGAAAACAGCUAGCUUAGCAUAAAGACUGGCAAUGGGGACAACAGCUAGCUAAGGUUUUCACAAAGACUGGAAACAGUAAGCUAAGCUUAGAAUGAAGACUUGAAAUGUAGAAACAGCAAGCUUAGGUUAGCAUAAAGACUGGGAGCAGGUGGAAACAGCUAUCUUAGAUUAGCAUAAUGGAAAUGGGGAAAUGGGGAAACAGGAAGCAGGAACACUGGGAACUGAGAGUCAGCCAUCUUGGCUUAGCAUAAUGAUUAAAAACACGAGGAACAGCUAGCUUAGGUUAGCAUAAAGACCAGAAAAUGGAAACAGCUAGCUAAGCUUAGCAUCAAGAAUGGAAAUGGGGGAAAUAGCUAGCUUAACUGAGCAUUAAGACUAGAAACAGGGACACAGCAAGCUUAGCUUAGCAUAAAGACUGAAAACAGGCAAUCAGCUAUUUUAGCUCGGCAUAAAAUAAAACAGGCAAACAGGAAGCUUAGCAUAGCAUAAAGACUGGAAACUGCGAAUCAGUUAGCUUAGCUUAGCAUAAUGACCAAAAACACAUGGAAACAGCUCGCUCAUCUUAGCAUAAAGACUGAAAACGGGGAAACAAACUUCCUUAGCACUUAAUCGACUCUCAACAUUAAGGUAUGAGUGAUGUGUUCAAUUACUAAACUCCAUUUAAAUCUUGUGUGAUGACUAAGCAUUAGUAAAGAAAGUGACCAUGAAUCGUUGACCUGAACUGAACUCUUUAAAUUUACAUGAGUAUUGUUUCAUGACAUGAAACAAAUGUGAAUCUGUGCUUAAACUUUAUCGUGCACAUUAUGUGAAUCUGUAUUGAUAUGAACAGUUUUCAUAAAGUAUUUAAUAUCUGUAGGCAAUUUUUACUCUUCGAUAAGACAUGAGUAGAUGAUCAUCAGUGUGGAUUUUACAGCUGUAACAGUUAAUCAGUUAAUUGAUUAUUCGAUCAACAAAAGGUUAUCAGCAGCUUUUCUUCAGCUUGUUGAGCUCUAAUUUAUUUAGUGGGAAUAAUUGUAAAUUAGCAAAUGAAGCUAAAUAAGUAGGAGAAUUGUCAUCAUUAUUAUGAUUAUUAUAUUUUUUUAUUUUUUAUAGUUUGUGUGUGCUGUUUGCUUUUGGGCUUGUGGCCAUGUUAGUCAUAUAAAUUGUACAUUUUCUUUGUAAUUAUUUUACAAAAGGAUAAUCAGCAAUAACUGGUAUAAUUGAUUAUUUGUUUCAGUCAAUUUAAAAGCAGCUAUUCCAAAUAAUCUCUUUCAGCUCAUGAGAUCUGAGGAUUUGAUGUUUUUCUUUGUUUUCUGUCACAGUAAAUGAAUUAUUUGGGGGUUUUCAACAGUUGGUCGGUCACUGUGGGCUUUGAGAAAACUGAAAGAUUGAUCAAGAAAAUAAACUGCAGAUUGAUCAACAGAGAAAAAGUUAUUUGGAGCAUUUGUGGAUCCUGAACUCUGAGCUCUCUGUAGUGUGAGUGUGUAAUUCUGAUCCUAGCUCAGUUUCAUCGUAUUGGCUGUAUCCUCAUGUUUACUCCUGUUCUGCUGCUGCUGCUGUAGUGUCCCAGUCUGUCCACAGAGACGUUCAGUGGUCAUCCGUGUGUCACCUCCAGCUGACAGAGACAGGACCUGUGACGAAGAGGAGCAGAUGAAGAAACAGAAACAUUAAAGACGUGGGAUAUAAACAGCUGAGGAGGCAGCAGGAUUCUCUGCAGCAGCAGCAGCAGAGCCAGUCACCAUGAGUCUGGACGAGGAUGCUCGCUGGCUUGAGUGGGUCACCAAACAGUUUGAGACCAUCGCCGGAGACGACAAAGAGAUCGACAUCAACGAGUUUAAAACGGCUCUCAAGGUCAAAGAGUCUUUCUUUGCCGAGCGUUUCUUUGCGCUGUUCGACUCUGACGGCAGCAGCUCCAUCAGUCUGGACGAGCUGCUGGAAGCUCUGGAACUCCUGAUCCACGGCAGCGAGACAGAUAAGCUCAAGUUCCUGUUCCAGGUCUACGACGUGGACGGCAGCGGUUCCAUCGAUCCAGACGAGCUGCGAACUGUUUUGAAGUCAUGUCUACGUGAGAGCGCCAUCUCUCUGCCGGAGGAGAAACUGGAUGAUUUGACGCUGGCGCUGUUUGAGUCGGCCGACAAAGACAACAGCGGCUCCAUCACCUUUGAGGAGCUCAAAGCUGAGCUGGAGAACUUCCCUGAGGUGAUGGAGAACCUCACCAUCAGUGCUGCUAACUGGCUGAAGCCUCCCGAUUUGGAUCAGAAGAAGCGCCAAGCUCCUCGUUACCUGACUCGAGCCUACUGGCACAACAACAGCAGGAAGUUGCUGUUCCUGUGUCUGUACGCCUGCCUCAGCGUGCUGCUCUUCAUCGGGGCCAUGCUGCAGAACCGCCACGGCGGCGUCUGCUUCAUGGUGGCGAAGGGCUGCGGACAGUGUCUCAACUUCAACUGCACCUUCGUCAUGGUGCUGAUGCUGCGUCGCUGUCUGACGUGGCUGCGGGCGACGUGGGUGGUGAGGGUCCUACCUCUGGACCAGAACAUCCUGCUGCAUCAGAUCGUGGGCUACGCCAUCUUAAUCUACACGGUGGUGCACACCACUGCUCACGUCCUCAACUUCAUGCGGAUGGCAGAGAGCAGUGAGUACCACCUGUGGGAGUACCUGCUGACCACGCGGCCGGGGAUCGGCUGGGUGAAGGGGACGGCCUCGGUGACAGGAGUCGUCCUUCAGGUGUUGAUCAGCCUCAUGGUGCUCUGCUCCAGCACCUUCGUACGACGCAGCGGACACUUUGAGGUGUUUUACUGGUCUCACCUGUCCUACGUGUUGGUCUGGGCUCUGCUGGUGGUUCACUGUGCAAACUUCUGGAAGUGGUUUGUGGCUCCUGGUUUGCUCUUCCUGCUGGAGAAGAUCGUGGGAAUCGCUGUCUCGCGCAUGGGAGGUCUUUACAUCGUCGAGGUCAACCUGCUGCCGUCAAAGGUGACUCACCUAGUGAUCAAACGUCCUCAGUUCUUCCAUUUCAAACCUGGAGAUUACGUCUACAUCAACAUUCCCGUGAUCGCCAAGUACGAGUGGCACCCGUUCACCAUCAGCAGCGCUCCGGAACAGUCAGAGAGUCUGUGGCUUCACAUCCGCUCGAUGGGUCAGUGGACCAACCGCCUGUACGAGUACUUCAGAGAGUCAGACAGCGAGAUGGUCAGCCCAAAGAGACUGGCCAACAGCCUGAGGAACCGGAGACAGCUGCUGACGGCCCAGGAGGAGCUGUUCAGCUCCACAAACAGUAACGGAGCCGUAGCUUAUAACGAGGAUGACGCCAUCGAGCUUAAGAUGUACCGUCAGAACGGCUUCGAGGCCGAUGAGGCUCCGCCCUCCCCACAUUCUGGAUCUCAGGGCCUGGCGGAGCCUCUUCCAGAUGGGCUGGAGCCGGCAGAGCGAGGAGAGGCUCCUCCACUCAGAGAGGUUUCUGCCAAGUUUGGUGAGAAUCACAGAUUCUGCAACAUCAAGUGUUACGUAGACGGACCGUAUGGGACUCCUACAAGACAGAUCUUUGCCUCUGAGCAUGCGGUCCUGAUCGGGGCCGGUAUCGGGAUCACACCAUUCGCCUCCAUCCUGCAGAGCAUCAUGUACCGAUACCGCAUGAGGAAGCAAAACUGUCCGAACUGUAACUACUCCUGGUGUGAAAACAUCAAAGACAGCGAGAUGAAGUUACGCAAAGUCGACUUCAUCUGGAUCAACAGAGAUCAGAAGUCGUUUGAAUGGUUUGUUAGUUUACUGACCAAACUGGAGAUGGACCAGGCUGAUGAGGAGCCAGAAGGCCGGUUCCUGGAGAUGCACAUGUACAUGACGUCAGCUCUCAGUAAGAACGACAUGAAGGCCAUCGGCCUGCAAAUGGCGAUGGACCUGCUGGCCAAGAAGGAGAAGAGAGACUCCAUCACCGGACUGAGGACCAGAACCCAACCUGGACGCCCUGAGUGGGGGAAGGUGAGGACACUCUGUCAUGUGGUGUUUCAGAAGGUGUCGGAGGAGAAUAAAGGGAAAGUCCACGUGUUUUACUGCGGCGCUCCUGCUCUGGCUAAAGUCAUCAAAGCUCAGUGUGAACACUUCAGCUUCAACUUCUACAAGGAGAACUUCUGAGGUCACCUGCUGUUCAACACACAACUCCUGCUGCGUCUCCCUGUGUGUGUGUGUGUGUGUGUGUGUGUGUGUGUGUGUGUGUGUGUGUGGGGGUGCGCACCAUUGCUUUGUACCCUGGUUUUUUUUUUUUCUCCCAGCAGCUCCAUGACGACCGUCUGUGUUGUGUUUCCUGCCUGUUUGUUGGACAGUAGAAGAAUACUCAUCAUGUUCAUCUGUCAUCAUAAACAUAAAGUACCUGUGUCGAUGUUGUGAUGACUCACUCAUGUCUGAAUGUAGCAAAUUAAUCAGGUAAUAAAUAAUAAUAAUAAUUAUUAUUAAAGGA